AUGGGCUCCAUCGACUAUACUGACUAUUUCGACAACGGCCGGCUCAACGGCAAGGGUUUUUGCAGUGAUGCCCAGAGCAAAAACAUGGACUAUGAUGUGACUAUCAUUGGCGGCGGCUUUGGCGGGUGCUACGCGCUUCACCUCCUCCGCAAGCAGGGCUUCUCGGCGCACAUUGUAGAGGCCGGGUCCUCCCUCGGAGGCGUGUGGCACUGGAACAGCUAUCCAGGCGCACGAGUUGACUCGGAAGCGCCUUACUAUCAACUCACCGUUCGAGAAGUCUGGAAAGACUGGACGUGGACGGAGCGGUUCCCCGGGCACGAGGAGCUCAAGGGGUAUUUCCGACACAUUGACAAGGUCCUCGACAUCUCCAAGGACGUGAGCUACAACACUACCGUCGUAGGUGCGGAUUUUGACACCGAUACAGCGAGGUGGAUCGUCAAGACGAACACUAGCCGAUCGAUCACGUCGCGGUUCCUGGUCUCGGCGACAGGAAGCUCGUACAAGCGGUACGAACCCAGCUUCGCCGGCAAGGAGUCCUUCCGAGGCACUGUGGUGCACUCGGCGGCCUGGCCCGAGUCCGGUGUUGAUUUCCGCAACAAGCGGGUUGCCAUCCUCGGGGCCGGGGCGACGGGCGUUCAAUGCGUCCAGGAGAUUGCAAAGCAGCCGGGCAUGGAGCUGACGGUGUACCGCACCUCCAAGUCCUUCUAUGAAAUUCUGUUCAAAGCGGCAAGAGAGAGUAAUUACGGCAUCCCGUCCGAGUCCAACCCGAAGUCGACAUCAGAGACCACGGCCGAGGAGAGGGACGCGUUGUGGGAAGAGCUAUGGCAGCGCGGGGGCUUCAGCUUCCAAGCGGGCCAGUACACAGACUUUCUGAUCGAUGCAGAGUCGAACCGCCUGGCCUAUGAGUUCUGGGCCAAGAAAACGCGUGGGAGGAUCCGGAACCCGCAAAAAGGGGCCAUGCUGGUUCCCGACGAACCGCCGUACCCUUUUGCGACUAAGAGGAGCAGCCUGGAGCAAGACUACUAUAAGUGCCUCGACCAAGACAAAGUGGAGGUGGUUGACGUGAAGAGCUCGGGCAUCCGCGAGUGGACUCCUCGGGGCAUCAUGACUGAGGACGGAAGGGAGAGGGAGCAUGAUAUCAUCUUGCUCGCGACAGGGUAUGAUAGCAUGACUGGCGCGUUAACGAACAUGGGGUUACGUGGCAAAGACGGUGUUGACUUGAAAGAGAGGUGGAAGGACGGCGUCUGGACCUAUCUCGGCUUCAUGGCUCGGGGGUGUCCCAAUCUCUUCUUCGUAUAUGGGCCACAAGCGCCCAUGGCUUUUACGAAUGGGCCCCCGUUCAUAGAGAAGCAGGUCGAAGUCAUUGUCGACUUCCUAACCAAGCUCCGUAAGGAGCGGGUAAGAUCCGUCGAGCCACACCCGUCGGCAGUGGAACAAUGGAAGAAAAUCAUUCUUGCCAACCACGAGCCGACGCUUUUCAGCAAGUGCGAGUCAUCGUGGUACGUGGGCGCCAACAUUCCGGGCAAGAAGAGGGAGCAGCUCAACUACCUUGGCGGCAUCCCCCUUUACCUCCAAGCCUGUCGAGACGGCACGAGCAACUGGGACAACUUCGACGUCGUUAGGGAAGAGGAAGGUAGGAAGGUUGUCGAUGCCGUGAGUGUUCGUCCGAUGGAGGGGAUCACUACCUGA